CUCUUCGAAAUAUUCUCAACCCCCUUCCGCCCAUCAGUCAUCUUCGCAGCACACACCCUAUCAGCCUGAUCGCCAACCGAGCGUACGAUUCCCUGCACAACCCGCGCUCCCCAUAUCCCCUGAUGUUGCUCCUGUGAUCGAGCCUCUUCGACACAGCGAUCGCGUCAUAUUUCUGGACCCGAAUUAAAUACAAGAGCACCAGAGGUUGUUGUGACGCCCAUUGUGAUUGACCCCCACGAAGAUGCCCAUUCUCUUCGUCUCAAAGCCAGAAAUGAACGCAGUCGCAUGGAAGGAUGUUUCAAGCAGAGCCGCGAAGCGUUCGAUGGCAACAAUCCAGAGCUCGCUCAACAGCUUUCCCUGAGGGGCGAGACGCACAGAGACAACAUGGAGCGCUUAAAUAAGGCAGCCAGCACGAAGAUAUUUCAAGAGAAUAAUCAAGUUUGUUGUUUUUCUUAUGAAACACCUAAUCGCCAACCGAGCGUACGAUUCCCUGCACAACCCACGCCCCCCGUAUCUCCUGAUGUUCCUUCGGUGACCAAGCCCGUCCGAAGUCACAUCACUCAGUCACCUUCGCAGCACACACCCUAUCAGCCUGAUCGCCAACCGAGCGCACGAUUACCUGCACAACCCACGCUCCCCACAUCUUUUGAUGUUGAUCCGGUGACCGAGCCUGUCCGAAGUCACAUCCCUCGUGUCUGUCCUAACAUACUUUAUCUGGCAUUGCUGUCUACUCACCUCUUCGACACAGCGAUCACGUCGUUUUUCUAGACCCGAGUUAGCUAUAAGAGCACCAGAAGUUGUUGUGGCACCCAUUGUGAUUGACCCCCACGAAGAUGCCCAUUCUCUUCGUCUCAAAGCCAGAAAUGAAGGGAAUCUCAUGGAAGAAUGUUUCGACCGGAGCCGCGAAGCGUUCGCUUGUCACAAUGGAGCACUUGCUAGACAGCUUUCCCUGGAUGGUGAGGCGCACAAAGCCAACAUGGAGCGCUUAGAUGAGGCAGCCAGCACGAAGAUAUUUCAAGAGAAUAAUCAAGGACUCAGGCCCGACACAGUUGAACUCCACGGACUCUUUGUCUCAGAA